GUGCACCAGGAAGUCUGACUGCAGGAAGGCAGAAGAGGAGAAGCACUGGCUGUGGAGUCCUCAGAACCAGUGUGUGGAAAUAACAUCUUUCCAGCCACCAAAUCUGAGCUGCAAGAAGAUGCAGAAGGUUGACAUCAACGUGGCUUCUCUCCCCAGCAUUGGAGGGGAUGACAGUCUGAAAUGCAUUUUUGGCAAUUUUGAAAGUGAAGCGAAAGUGGGCGACUCAAAGGUCACUUGUGAUCUGCCGAAAGUCACCGAGAUUCCUGUCACUCCCAAAAAUAAAGAUUUCGUCCAAGUGGCCGCGAAGAUCUUUGUGAAUGACGAGGUGGAGUUGGCGUCCAGCUACUUCACCUUUUAUAACUGCAGCGCAGCCGCGAGGCAGGCGGAGAACACACCGUGCAUGUCGUGUGUGGACAGCGAGUGGAGCUGCCAGUAGAACACUCAGGAAUUCAACAGCGAUGACUCCAUGGGUGAUCACAUUAUCAAACAUAAAGAAGGAAGUAAGUGCCCAGUUUUUGA